AGUUGUACAUUAAUUAUGGAAUGAUAUGUAUGGAAGGCCUCUGUAACCUUCCAUCCCUAGAAAUUUGAAAAUUGGAUUCCACCCUAAUACCAGAUCUGCGUAGCCGCUGUGAAAUCUUGUUUACCACAACAAAAUGACAUUAGGUAUCAGAGACUACGAACUGAUCAACGACACCCACAAUCUAUACGACAUCACGUUCUUCACCGACCAGAUCCACACCCUUGUAACCCACUCUCCUUCUCUCGUAGAACAAUGGCUGAUAGAGACCCAAGGCCAAAACAACCAAACUCAGCCCACCAUCGUUGGCCUAGACGUGGAGUGGCGUCCCAAUUUCAGCCGUCAUAUUGAGAAUCCAGUAGCCACUCUGCAACUGUGCAUCGGAAGCAGAUGCCUUAUCUAUCAGCUAAUACAUUCCCCGAGAAUCCCGCAAUCUCUUUUCGACUUUCUUAAGAACUCAAGUUAUGUCUUUGCUGGGGUUGGGAUUGAGAGUGAUGUUGAGAAGCUGGUGGAGGAUUAUGGGUUGAGUGUAGGGAAUGUGAUGGAAUUGAGGCGUGUGGCAGCUGAGAGUUUAGGGGUUAAGGAGUUGAAGAAUGCUGGGUUGAAGGAGCUGGUGAAGCAAGUUUUGGGGAAGGAGAUUCAGAAGCCUAAAAGGGUUACAAUGAGCAGGUGGGAUAGUAUGUGGUUAUCUCAUGAUCAAGUUCAGUAUGCAUGUCUUGAUGCUUUUGUGUGUUCUGAAAUUGGCAGGAUAUUGACUCAAUCUGGACCUUGAAUUUUCUAAUGAAGGGUAAUGUCUCUUUUUUCUUUUUGGAAUUUAGAGAUGUCUUAUUUACCCACCAUUGUGUGGUUAUUGGUAUGGAACUCCUCCAUGUAUGUCUUAAUCUAAGAAGGUUUUAUUUAGAAAUU